AUCAUUUCAGCUCACAAACACAGAUUGCCAUGGUCGACGCUGAAAGUAAUGAAGAGUUCACCAAAGAAAAUAGUAAUAAAGAAGAGGGUUACCAUGAAUCUUCAAACAUCAGGUCUUCAAGUGUAAUGAGAUGGGGAUUACUCUUAAUAAGCUGCAUAUGUGGUUUUAUAGGUACGGUUGGAGGACCUUUACUGCUUAGACUCUAUUUCAUGCAUGGAGGCAGCCGGAGAUGGUUGUCAAGUUGGCUAGACAUGUCAGGGUUUCCCAUUCUAUUCAUCCCACUCACAAUCCUUUAUUUUAGACGCGAUCGUACACUACCUAAUAUCGACUUCUUUGCUUCUCGAAAGCUUUUACUAUGUGCUGCUCUAAUAGGCAUAGCUCAAGGAAUUGGCAAUUUUAUGUAUUCUUAUGGUAUAUCGUUCCUCCCUGUAUCAACGAUAUGUCUCCUUGUUACCACCCAACUUGUAUUUACCUCCUUCCUUUCAUUCAUUUGGGUUAAACAUAAGUUUACUCCGUAUUCAAUAAACGCAGUUGUGGUUAUUAUAAUGGGUUCUGUACUACUCGGUUUAACAAGGUCCAGUGAUCGCCCCACUGGAGUUACAAAUUCUCAAUACUUGUUGGGUUUCUUCAUAAGUGUUGGUGCAGCUGCAAUUUUCGGGUUCGUUAUGGUGAGCACUCAAGUGGCUUUCAAGAAGGCCAAUCAAGCCAUGACUUAUUCUAUUGGGUUGCAGUUUCAAGUUUUUGUGGCUGUCUUUGCUACGCUAUUUUGCACAGUUGGAGGCAUCAUAAAUCAGGAUUUCAAGGGAAUGCAUAAAGAAGCAAGUCAAUUUGGAUUAGGAGCGAAAACGUACUACUGGGUAUUGAUUUCAAAUAUGGUAGUUUGGCAGCUGAUGUUUAUCGGGAGAGCGGGGAUUAUACUCUAUACCUCCUCACUGUUCGCUGGGGUCAUGACUGCAGUUUUUCUUGCCUUUUCGCAAAUUGCAGCUGUGAUAACACUCCAUGAGAAUUUCACAGGAGAAAAAGGGAUGGCCCUGGCUCUAACACUUUGGGGUUUCACUAGUUACUUCUAUGGUUCUCACAGGUACACCAGAAAACCAAAGGUAGAAACCCCGUGAAAGAAACUUAGAUUCCAUAUAUAUUCAACCUAUCAAAUAAGCUGCACUAAAAUGUAUUCAACCUCCCAAAUAAGCAGCACAACUGUAAAAUGUAUAAUUCGUGUAAUAUUUUUUUUAAAUGUAUAACACAUGUAAUCUUUUUUCUUUUUUUUU